CACGCACACACACACACACACACACGCACGCAAACGGCGUACCUGUGGCCUGAGCACCACGCUUCCAGCACACAAGCACACACAGCCGCUGGCACUUUGUGACAGCCACACACCCACCAGCCAUGUUCAUCAGCGAGAUUAUCAUUGAUGGGUUCAAGUCCUAUGCCCAGCGCACGGUGGUGUCGGACUUUGAUCCGUUCUUCAACGCCAUCACCGGUCUGAAUGGCAGUGGAAAGUCCAACAUCCUCGAUGCCAUUUGCUUUGUCCUUGGCAUCUCAAACCUCAGCCAGGUGCGCGCAAGCACGCUGCAGGAGCUGAUCUACAAGCAGGGCCAGGCCGGCGUGACCAAGGCCACUGUGUCGAUUGUGUUCAACAACGAGGACAAGGACCAGAGCCCGAUUGGCUACGAGCAGCACGACACCAUCACUGUGACGCGGCAGAUUGCCAUUGGCGGAAAGAACAAGUACAUGAUCAACGGCCACAAUGCGCAGCAGUCGCGUGUGGCAAACCUCUUUCAGUCCGUGCAGCUGAACGUCAACAACCCGCACUUUCUCAUCAUGCAAGGCCGUAUCACCAAGGUGCUCAACAUGAAGCCGCCCGAGAUCCUGUCGAUGAUCGAGGAAGCAGCGGGCACGCGCAUGUUCGAGAGCAAGAAGACCGCCGCCCUCAAGACCAUGACCAAGAAGGACAAGAAGGUGCAAGAGAUCCAGACGCUGCUCGAUGAAGACAUCACGCCGACGCUAGAGAAGCUUCGCAAGGAGCGCACGUCGUACCUCGAGUUCCAGAAGACGAAGGCGGAGAUUGAUCUGCUGACACGCUUCCUCGUCGCAUGGUCGUACCAGCGCGCAGAGCAAACGCUGUCUGCGUCGACAGAUGCGCUGACGACGGCUGAGGAGCGGGUGAAGGAGCUGCGUACGCAGGUGCGCACGCUCGAGGGCGACCGCGACAACACCCAGCAAAACAUCUCCCUGCAGCAGAAGCGCCGGGAUGCGGAGAUGAACUCUGCUCUGCGGACGAUGGAGGAGCAGGUGGGCAACCUGUCCAAGGUGGUGGUCAAGGCCAAGGCCGAAUAUGACAACAAAGUCCACGCUAUUGAGGAGGAGGAGGCUGCACGCAAGGCGCACCUCGCCCAGAUUGAGGAGACGCAAAAAAGCCUUGAAGACAAGGCGGGAGAGAUUGACGCUGCGCGCGCUGCUGUUGAAUCUGGCCAGACUGCCCUGCAAGCAGCGCAGGACGGCGUGGCGGAGAGCGAGAAGCGCUGCAUGGCUGCAUCUGUCGGCGCCUCAUCCGACGGCACGAGUCUCACGUUUGCCGAGCAGAUCAAGGAGCUGCAGAGCGUCAUCUCAACCGCCUCCACGCAGAUGAAGCAAGCAGAGAUGACCAUCUCCCACGCCACGAGCGAACUCAAGACAAAGAAGCCAAACGCCAAGAAGAGCGAGUCGGAGUACAAACGGCUCCAGCGCGACGUGAACGCCCUGGAAACCGAUCUCAAGGCCAUCGAGGAGCAUGUGGCAAAGCUUGCCUUUGAUGAAGGCGAGGAAGCGAAGCUGCACGAGCAGAAGCAGGCGCUCGACCGGGAGUAUCUCGCUGCAAAGGACCAGGUGGACACGCUGUCCGCUAGGCUGUCCCGCCUCACCUUUGAGUACAAGGACCCCGAGCCUGGCUUUGACCGCUCACAGGUGCACGGUCUGGUGGCUGAGCUGAUCGACGUUGCCGAUGCGAGCACGGGCACGGCGCUUGAGAUCACGGCGGGCGGCAAGCUGUACAACGUGGUGGUGAAAGACGAAGUGGUUGGCAAGAAGCUGCUGAGCAAAGGCCAGCUCAAGCGCCGUGUUACCAUCAUUCCCCUCAACAAGAUUGCGGCCAGGUCUCUCAAGGACGAUGUUGUUCGCCGCGCAAAGCAGGAGGUUGGUGAGGAGAAUGUUGACGUUGCGCUGAGCCUGAUUGGGUACCCUGCUGAAGUUGCUGCUGCCAUGGAAUACGUCUUUGGCCGCACGCUGGUCUGCAGGACCCUCGACAUGGCAAAGAAGGUCACGUUCCACGACAAGAUCCGUGCGCGGACGGUGACGCUUGACGGCGACGUGUUUGACCCGAGCGGCACUCUCACGGGCGGCGCCAAGGCCUCGUCCUCUGGCGUCCUCCUCGCCCUGCAGUCCUUGAGCAAGGCGCGGCGCCACCUGACGCGGGUGGAGACGGAGCUCUCGCGGGUGAACAAAGCGCUGGCGGCUGCGAGCGACGCAGCUGCACGCUACCAGCGGCUCAUCAGCAACCGCGACAUGAAAGCGAGCGAGCUGGAGGUGCUGCGGGUCAAGCUCGACUCCAACGUGCACUACAAGGCCGUGUCUGAGGUCAAGGAGUUGGAGGAGACGAUUGCAUCGUCGAAGGAGCAGCUGACGGCGAGCAAGAAGCAGAAGCAGGACGCAGAGAAGAAGAUCAAGCAGCUUGAGAAGGAGCAGGCGUCCUACGCCGACAAGCGCGACGAGCAAAUGCGCAAGGCAGAGGAGAUGCGCGCUGCGGCGAAGGAAGCGCUGAAGGCGGCCAAGGCAGAGGUGCAGCGGCUGCAGCAGGCGCACGAGGAGCAGGUGCUGGAGCGCGACGCCCUCGCCGGUGAGCUGAAGACCAUGCAGAGGCAGACGGACAAGUUUGCAGAGACGCUUGAGAAGCUUGCGCAGGAGAAGGAAACGCUCGCUGCGACGCUGGCGUCCAAGAAGCGCGACUUUGAACAGGCAGAUGACCAGCUGACGCGCAAGAAGGAGAAGUUGACGGCUGUAGAUGCGAAGCUGCGAGAGCUGAAGACUCAUCUGAAGGAAGUGCAGGCGGAGCUCGACGCAAACGCGCUUGAGCUGAAGAAGCUCUCCCACGACAAGGACAAGCUGGCACGCGAGAAGAAGGAGGCAGCUGCCACGGUAAUGGCGCUGGUUCGCCAGCACGAGUGGAUUGAGAGCGAGAAGCAGUACUUUGGGCAGAAGGACACCGCGUUUGAGUUUCGGGAGGGUGAUCCCAACCGCGACCCAUCGCUGUGCAAGAAGCGGCUGGCGCAGCUGCAGGCGUCCCAGGACAAGCUGUCGAAGAACGUGAACAUGAAGGUCAUGGCCAUGUUUGACAAGGCUGAGAAGGAGUACAACGACCUCAUCAAGAAGAAGCAGAUUGUCGAGCAGGACAAGUCAAAGAUUGAGCAAGCGAUUGAGGAGCUUGACCAGAAGAAGAACGAGGCACUGCGCAAGGCGUAUGUGCAGGUCAACGACCGCUUUGGGUCCAUCUUCUCCACCCUGCUGCCGGGCACGCAGGCGAAGCUCGUGCCUGCAGAGGGCGGGGAUGUGCUGAGCGGCCUGGAGGUGAAGGUCGCCUUUGGCCAGGUCUGGAAGGAGUCUCUCACCGAACUCAGCGGCGGCCAGCGGUCUCUUGUUGCGCUGUCGCUGAUUCUGUCGCUGCUGCUGUUCAAGCCCGCGCCGCUGUACAUUCUGGACGAGGUCGACGCUGCACUCGAUCUCUCCCACACCCAGAACAUUGGCCAAAUGCUGCGCAUGCACUUUAAGAAGUCGCAGUUUGUCGUUGUGUCGCUCAAGGACGGCAUGUUCAACAACGCCAACGUGCUCUUCAAGACCAAGUUCAUCGACGGCGUCUCGACCGUGCGCAGGUUUGCUCAAGCACCGUCUGCGACCGAGAAGGAGAACUCAAGCGGCCGUAAGGCGGCCAACACGUCCAAGAAGCCCAAGCGCGCAGCUAAGGUGCCCGCAGCCCUCGCGGCCCAGCGCUCCUGAGCGGUCAUGUGGCAUGUGUUGUUGGAUGUUCUGUUGAUCUGUUGAACUUUUGAACCGUCACGGGGAUGUGUAAUUGGAGGCUGUCAUUGCUGCUCCAAUUCCCAUUGUGUUCAUGCCCCUUCAUCUACUCUGUUCAUGUGGUGAUGCAUUCGUUCUGUGUGUCACGUGUCAUAGAGUUUUUUUUUCCUUCUGUGUGUUCAUGCGUUGUUGAGUGCCGCCACUUUGUGCCUGGACAAUUGUUGUUCUCGUUGAUUCGCUGUAUUUGUCGGUGUCCACCACGCCCUUUUCUUCCCCUUGCCAACCAGAAAGCCCUUGUGUGCAUGCUCGUGUGUGUGGGCUGUUCUUGCUGUUCCCUGCACAUUGUUGUUUCUUUACACGCUUCCUCCUACAAUGAAUGAAUCAUAGUGACGUG